UGCCCUUUUUGGCUCCCCCCUCGAUUGGUUCCCCGCAUUAUAAAUCCCCAUCGGAGCUCGUGAAAAACACUGCCCAGACUCCAGAGUCUGCAAUUUUGAUUUCGGGGAUUUUAAUAAGAACAAGAAGUGAAGAGAGAAACAAACUCCAUGGAUUCUUUCUGGAUCCACGGUUCACUGCCGUUUGACGUCAACGACUCCGAGGAGAUGCUGCUGUUCGGCGUUCUGGCGGAGGGAGCUUCGUCGGAGAGCAAUAAUUCGUUCACCGGAGGAAUGAAUGGGGGCGGCAACAAAGAAGAGGAGGUGAACUCCAGGCCGAACGGAGAAGAAGAAGAAUUCGAGCAGGGGAAGAAGAAGGAGAAGAAGGAAUCGUACAGGGGAGUCCGGCGGAGGCCGUGGGGGAAGUUCGCGGCGGAGAUAAGGGACUCGACGAGGAACGGCAUGCGGGUGUGGCUGGGGACCUUCGACAGCGCGGAGGAGGCGGCGAUGGCGUACGACCAGGCGGCGUUCGCUAUGCGGGGGACUAGGGCGGUGCUCAAUUUUCCGGCGGAGAGGGUAGUGGAGUCGCUGAGGGGGAUGGAGUGCGGGUGCGAGGAGGGUGCGUCGCCGGUGGUGGCGCUUAAGAAGAGACACUCCAUGGGGAAGCGGCCAGCCAGCAAACGGAGCAGAGUGGAGGAGGUGAAGCCGGAAUUUGUGAUGGUUUUGGAGGAUUUGGGGGCUGAUUACUUGGAGGAGCUUUUGUCUUCUUCCCAGACUCAAAGUAUCUGAUGAUGAUGAACUCCACAUCUUCUUCUUCCUUUCCAGUUCCAUUAAUUUUGCUUCCUUCUCUUUAUGUCCCUGUCUUUCCCAUUUUGUUUCUUCUUCCCACUUGCUAGUGAUCUGAAGCCAUUCAUGGCCCUCAUCUCUCCCUCGUCUCUGUAAAUUAACCUCAAAAUUGUGAAUUAGAGGAACCCCCCACCCCCACCCCCCCACUGUUGCUACUGACUUAAACAUAGAUAUAAUACUAAGAUGGGUGAUCGCGUCCAACUAAUGGGCAAUUUUACAA